AUGGCAGAUGCUUUAGCAACACUGGCUUCCAUGAUUAAAGCAAAUAAACAAGAGGAUGUUGGACCAAUUCAGAUGAGUAUUUCUGAGGUUCCAGCUUAUUGCUAUAACAUCAAAGAAGAGGAAAAGGAUAACUAUCCUUGGUAUCGAGAUAUAUUACGAUAUGUGAGGGAUCGUGAAUAUCCUGAACAGGCGACUGAGAAUAAUAAAAGAACUUUGAGAAGGUUAGCCUGCGAAUAUGUACUAGAUGGGGAUAUCCUUUAUGAAAGAAGCAAAGAUCAAGUACUUUUGAGAUGCGUCAAUGGUGUGGAAGCUAGACAAAUCUUGGAAGAAGUAUAUGAAGGCGUUUGUGACGACGAGGAGACUAGCGAUGAUCGGGCACUGAUGAUGGCACACUGGAGUUGA